AUGCCUUCCAAACUAUCACAAUUCCUAGGUUCUUUCAACUGUUUUCGACAGAAGCCUCAGCCCACUCUCGUCACGUCCAUUCCUUACGAGGUUGAAUCGAAGGGGCUUCGGGUCUCGUCUCGGUCCAUCCACUCCAACGAUCAGGCUCCUACUUCUACUUCUACAGAGAGCACACUUCAUGCUCCUCCUCUGCAGAUAGAAGUACAGCAAGACAGCAAGAGCAAGAGCAAUAGCGCUCUGGUGGUCGUUGGCAAAGGCCAAUAUGAGCUCCGAGAAUCAUUUCCCUUCCCCAGCCUCGACCACGAAAGGGAAGUAGUCAUCCGCACCAAAGCGGUUGGGUUGAACCCGAUAGACUGGAAAUCCGUGGACUAUGGUUUCUGUCUGCCCGAGUUCCCCUGGAUCACGGGCAGAGAAAUGGCCGGAGUGGUGGAACAUGUGGGUUCUGAAGUCACGGAAUUCCACGUUGGACAACGGGUUUGGACCAGCACAUACUACAAGGAUCGCCGGGCAGGAUGUUUCCAGCACUUCGUCACCGUACCGCAACAUACAGUUGCACCUAUUCCCGCUGGCUUAAGCUUCGAAGAGGCCUCGUGCCUGGGAGUUGCAGGGUUGACCGCCGCAAUGACUCUGUGGCGAUGGCUUCAGGUGCCUGGCUCGCCGAGGACUGAAACGCACAGUAUCCCUAGCACAGGGUAUAUCUUGAUAUGGGGUGGCUCGACCGUCACCGCCCAGUUCGCCAUCCAGCUUGCAGUGCUGGGCGGGCUGAAGGUCAUCGCCGUCACUUCUUCAAAGACAAAAGCCCUGGCAGAGGCGCUCGGGGCUUCACGCGUGGUGACUCGCGACGGCAAGUCCGGAGACGAAAUCGUGGCCGAGAUCAGACUCUUCUGUGGCGAUGCCAUCACGCGGGCGAUUGACCUCGUCGGCCCUGAAACGGCGAAGCACUGCCUGCAAGCCCUGUCACGCUCUCAAAAGUCGCUCUUUGCACCCCUGGCCAUGUUGUCUAGUAAGGCUGUUGUGCCCCAGAACAUCUCGGUCGAAACGGUCGAGAUGAAGCAGUUCGUACUCGAUCCGUCGUCGCAAGCAUAUUCGCGGGCCUUGAACAAACUGGUCGAGGAGGGAAGAAUUAUGCUUCCACAUAUCGAGGUGCUGGAUGGCGGUUUGGAUAUCAUACAGCAUGGACUGGAGCGGAUAAAGAAGGGCGAUAUGGCCGGGAAGAAGGUCAUUGUUCGUAUGCAUUGA